AUCUGUGUUAAGUGAAGCGAGGAAAAGCCAUUAUUCUUCCUAUUAUAUGAGUAUCAUAAUAGUUUUCAGAAGAGACUUAAAAAAACAGAUGAGAAAAUGAUUGUCAAUGAUAGAGGACGUUAAAGGAUUUUAAGAAGACAUUUUUUUCGUUUUACGGAAAAUGUUUGGAAAAGAAAUUGAAAAGAUAAUAAACAUCAAACAGAUUGAGAGUGGUGAAAGAUUAUUUGAAGUGCAAUGGAAGAACACAUGGGAGAGCGAAGAACAUCUUCGAAGUAUUGAUGCACUCCUUAUUGAAGAUUUUUUGAAAUCGCAUGCAGAAAACAUUAAAGUAGAGGCAAAGAAGAUAGCAAAAGACGAUAAUGAAGAAAAAGACGAAGUUGACGAACCUGAGUUUGAAGAUUUAUUUUCUUCGACAAAUUCCUCCAAACAACGAAAAUGUUUUAAAGGUGGUAUCAACGCUGUUAUCUCCAGACUGCAAAAGAACAGAAAAGAUGAUUUCACCACCUUAUCAACUGGCAAAACUGAACAAAUAGUUCACCAGGAGAAAAACAGUCAAAUUGAAACAGGAAGUGAAAAAGUUUCUGAGAAAGACGACGCUUUAACAAAACGAACGUCAAAUGGUGAAAAUAUAACAGACACCAAUCAGAACUUGUCAACAUACAUAGCGAAAUAUCCUUUGAGUCCACGAGAAGCUGUCGAAGCGAAAGAUGGAAUGCUACCAUCUCAAGUCUCGGUGGUACCCCACCACGCCAGCAUGCCCCACGUGUCGCCUAGAUACGUUGCGACGGAUUCUAUGCAACGCCGCGCAUCGUCUUCCUCACUGCAAUCCCUAAAAUCAAACGUGGAUAACAUAACGAAGUUAUUCGUUGAAAAUGCUGACCGGCGACCCUCCGACGGCUUCUUUAUGGACACCAGUGAGCAAGAGUUGGAAAAGUUACAACCGUCAGUUGUACUGCGUUGCACGAUUUGUUCUGAAGUGUUUUAUGAUGACACAAAAUUCAAGCAGCACAUGUUUAUGCACGAUCAAGUUAAUCUACUUAAACAAGACCCGCCCAAAUUAUUGAAACCCGGCACCUUUAAUUGCAAGUUUUGUCACCUUCUGUUUGAUCAUAAGGAUAAGUUAAAACUACAUUACAGCGAAGAACACGAGAAGGAGUUUGUUUAUACGCAACCGUUCGAUCAGCUGUACCAGUGCACGUUAUGCGAGAAAUCUUUUGUUGAUUAUAGUAAACUCGUUCACCACCAUCAAACGCACCAACAUUCGCGUAGAGAAGUGUUUAUAUUACCUAAAAGAACUACCAAUGAUGGUCCUGGUGGUGAGAAAGCAACAACAAGCUCUUCAACUUCUUCGCACACUUCAAAUGUGUCAGUGGAGAAAACACCGGGAGAGCUAAUGUCUUUAUCACUAUUAACAAUCAAACGAGAAGAUGAUAACGUUUUCGAGGAUAAACAAGAUAAUCAAAAUGAACCUUCGAUGACGACGUUAGAUUUCCAACCAGUCAACGACGCGUUAUUAAAGACGGCGGCCGCAAAUGAAACUAAACGCAGAUAUCGAUGUAAUUUAUGUGAUGAGCUCUUUGAAAGUGAGAAUGACCGAGCAAAACACUCGCUCAUUCAUGUGAAUCGGUCAUCAUCGCUGGAUUGUCAUAUCUGCGGAAAGCAAUUUCGUCACCGUACAAAUUUGUCCACACAUUUAAUCGUUCACAGUGGCGUUAAACCACACCAAUGUCAUAUUUGCUCACGUCGCUUCACACAGAAAGUAAAUCUGCAACGUCAUAUGCAUAUUCAUGACGGCAGUCGUCCGUUUACCUGUCGGAUGUGCUGCAAAUCCUUCACACAGAAAGCAAAUUUACAACGCCAUAUUUUAUCGCACACCGAGCAUACGAAGGAAGAGUUAUUGGCUGCAUUAAAUGAAAUUCCGAAUGAGUCCGAAGUAAACAAUGCGAUCAACGAGAGCUUAUUGGAAGCGAUGAAUACCAUGAGUGAACGCAAAGCUAGUGGUAGCACGUCGGAAUUUCGCUGCGAUAUAUGCGAUAAAACCUUUGCACAAAAAGUGAACUUGCAGAAGCAUCUAAUGAUACAUACUGGCUCGAGGCCAUUUCAGUGUUACGUCUGCGGAAAAGCGUUUCGACAAAAAGCUUCGUUACAAAAGCAUUAUUCAGUGCAUACGAACGGUUCAACUAAUUUCAUUUGUCAAACGUGUAACCGGUUAUUCGUCUCGAGGACCAAUCUUCAAAGACACAUGCUCGUUCAUGCUGCACCGUCUUCUAACCAAUGCUACUUGUGCGAACAAAAGUUCUCCACCACAGAUAAUCUUGAAAGACAUUUCAGCGAACACAUCGAAGAAGCCACACCCAAUAUUUCCCUACCGCAAAAGUAUUUCGAGCAAUCAACACCAGGCCAAACAUUCCGCUGUGCGACAUGUGACAUUGUGUUCGACUCGCCCAUCAUAUUUAGCCAACAUUUGCAAUGCCAUCAAAGAGGUUUCUCGACAGAUACAACACCAAGUGAUCUUACCGACAUCACUAAAGCUUACGAAGAAAAUCAAGCAUGUCCACUACAAUGCAAUGCUUGCGGAGUAAUCUUCAUGUCAGUGGCUAAACUUGAAAGUCACAUGGCCACACAUGCUGAGACUUCAACUGGCAGUCUUGCAAAGCAUACGAUUGGUGUAAUGAUUAAUACUUCUCCUACUACACCACUUGUAACGUCUCGUUACUCAACCAAUGCAUCACCCAAAGCUACGACGCAAAGUGCAUCUUCAUUAGGUACUGCUGACCUUCCAGAAGCUAACGUUGAGAAGAAAUCAGAUUGUCCAGACACGAAAAGUCCUGUUACGCGCACAUCACGUUGUCCAGUAUGUAAGGGACUGUUUCCUUCGAAAGCCGCCAUGAGAGAACACUACUCAGUUGCGCAUUUGGAGCCUUUAAGACUUAGCUCAGAAUCUUCUUCAACCAGAGAAAGCUACGACGGAUUGAACAAUGAAAGGAUGCCGAAGCCUUCAUUAUCAAACGAGGAUGUGCAAGAAGAUGAUGCGAUGGGUGAGGACACACUAUCUGAGAGUGAAGAGUUACUAAUCAAAGAAAACGAAGAGUUCAUUAAGGACAACAUUUUAGGAGGUGCUGAAGAGUAUGAGAGUAAAGGACGAUACGAACGCGGUAAUUAUAGUUGUAAAAUAUGCAACCGUGUGCUGACUUACAAGUACAGCUUAGAAAAACAUAUGCUCUUACAUACUGGAAGCUUCCCUUACAAAUGCACUCUCUGCUCAAAACGAUUUAACCACAAGGCUAACCUUGAUAAGCAUUUGGUCGUGCACAGUGGAGAGAAGCCGUAUUCGUGCCACAUCUGUCAACGCCCUUUUAGUCAAAAGUCUAAUUUGCAAAGACAUCAGCUCACCCAUACACAAAAUCGAGAUUUUAUAUGUGACGUUUGUGGAAAGCGUUUUAACCACAUGGCUUCCCUGAAGACGCAUUCUUUGAUACAUACAGGUGCUAAGCCAUUUUCUUGUUCCAUCUGCUCAAAGCGUUUCAAUCAAAAGGGAAAUUUGAAGCGACAUAUACAGACACAUCGAACUGGGAAACGUAAUAAGGUGAAUGGCUUAGAAGUGAAAGAAGAGGAUAUAGAAGACGCUGAACGGUUGAUUAAAGAGGAAGAAUAUUACGAGGAGAUGUGUGUCAAUGAAGAGAUAAAACAAGAACCUGAGCAAGUUGAUGAAAGAACUUCUGUGGGGGAGAGUAGCCCUCCGGCAAGAAAGUCGCAACGAAUGAGAAUCAAGAAGAAUAUGGAUGAUUACGAGUUUUCAGAAGAAGAUGAACCUCUCCCAACGAUGAUUGGUAGUGCAGAAGAAUUUUCGCACAACACGUCAAAUCACACCAGUUCAUCCUUAUAUGAAGAAGAUGACACUGGUGAGUCCAUUUUAACUGUGGUGCCUUCCGACGCCUUGGUGAGCACUAUAAAUACCUUUGACGAUGAAGGGAACAAUGAAACAAAAGACAAUGAGAAAGAAACUUUUCACUGCGAGUCUUGUUCGAAGCUCUUCAUCUCUAUGGCAAGCUUGGAAGCACACAAGCGCACAGCUCAUAGUUUGAUCGUGUGCGAUAUAUGUGGAAAACAAUUUUCACAGAAAGCUAACCUGCUUAAACACAAACUGAUUCAUUUAAACAAAAAACCUUUCCAAUGUAGGGUGUGUCACAAAGCCUUUCGACAGAAAGCCAACCUGCAACGUCACGAGUUGAUACAUAACAAAGAUCGGAAAACAGUCAACUGUGCACAUUGCAACAAAACUUUUCGCUGCACAUGGAGCCUAAAGCAACAUAUGAAAAGCCACACAACUUCGGCUGAGAAUCCAUUCGGCUGCUCCAUCUGUGGAGAAACGUUUAAAGAAAAGGAAGAACUCUUGAAACAUUUUGACGUUCAUCGUAAUCAAAUCUUCGCUUGUACUAUGUGUGACGAGAAAUUUUAUCAAAAAGAAGAUUUACUGUUGCAUAAUAUGGAAGUUCACGACGAGUUGCCGGCAGACGUAAUAAAAGAAAUACGAGAGAACUCGACAGGGGUUGAAAAAACUAAAACUAAAGCUUCAACAAAUUUGAAAAGUUUGAAACCUGAUGUAAAUGAAGUUGUAUUUCCGUGCAGGCUGUGUGACCAGACCUUUUCAGAGAAAGUCGAACUUUUGAUGCAUAUGGAUACGCAUGGUAAUAUACCGAAGGGAAUGAUGCAAGCGAUACAUGACAGCCCUGGAGAAAAAAUAUCUUCGGAUAAAAACAACAAUAAUAAUAACAGUAAUAAUAAUAACGAACUAAUCGAUGAAGUGAAUAAAUAAAUUAGUUUAUCUUAAUUUUAUAGCUACAUUUUAUAAAAUUUAUUCGUUUUGCACCAGUUUUAUUUGAAAAUUUUUUUAAAUUUUUUUCUACGAUUUAUAAAAUUGGAGUUGGCACAAGUUCACCCGAUUUUCUACUACAAAUUUUUAACUUUGCUCUCCAUUUUAAGGUGAAGCGUUUUUUACAUUUUUUUGCUAAGUGUGUUCUACAAAUCUUUAUAAGCGUUUAGGAAAAAUUAUGAUUUUUUUUUUAAAUUUGUGUUAAUGUCUCGCAUCAUUAAAUUAUUUUACUAAUUCACUAAAGUUAUACAAACGUGACCAAGUUUUUUUAGUGUCCAGCCAUUUUCGGAACGCAUCCGGAACUUCUGUAAGCCAA